CUAUUUUAGAGAGAGAGAUAGAGAGAGAGAGAGAGAGAGAGAUGGAACAAGUUAGUAGUUGUAGACAAUUAUCCACUUACUAUGUUUUUGCAGCUGGUAUUCUCAUUGUGUUGGUAAUGGGUUCUACCAUGAACUCUUGUUUGGAUGUGAGAGUUACUCCCAGAAAAACAGACACCCAGUUCUUAAGAAGGUCUUGCGGUUCCACAACCCAUCCACCAUUGUGCUUCAACUCUCUUUCCAUCUAUGCAGCUAUAAUUCAAACUAACCCCAAGGUUCGCUCCACUUCAACAAUGAUGUCAACUCUGUCUAAGAGUCAUGGAAUGAAGCCCAGGGAAGUUGCUGCCAUGCGUGUGAGUAAUUCCAUUGAUGAGCUUCGGAAUUCUCUGGGGGAGAUGGGUUAUCUUGGUGGCUCUAAUUUUGGGCUUCACAUGAGCAACAUACAGACAUGGGUGAGUCCAACAUUAACAGAGAAAAAUUCAUGCAUGGAUGGUUUUGCUGGAGAUUCCAUGAACGAAAAUGUUAAGAUCACUGACCCUCUCAAUCAGGAAUUGGCCAUUCCUAAUUUCUCUACACAUUCCUUUCUACACGAGAUAACUAACAAUGACGUUGGAUAA